GCCCUGUUCCGUCCCUUUUCCGCUACAGGAAACAAGCGUGCCUAAGGUGCUCGGUUCUUCAUCAGAAGCUAAGGCCCGCAAUCCGGCGACUAGCACCGUCAAAUUUAGGCAUCCACCGCCACCAACAUAACAUCCAUCAUCUAAAAUGGCCUCCGUGUCCGAACUCGCCUGCAUUUACUCGGCUCUGAUCCUCCACGACGAUGAAGUCACCGUCACCGAGGACAAGCUGAAUGCUCUGAUCAAGGCUGCUGGAGUCACUGUGGAGCCCUUCUGGCCAAGUCUGUUCGCCAAGGCGCUGUCCAGCGUUGACAUCGGCAGCCUGAUCUGCAACGUUGGAGCCGGAGGUGGAGCUCCAGCUGGAGCCCCUGCUGCUGGAGUUGCUGCCGUCGCUGACGCCCCAGCCAAGGAGGAGGAGAAGAAAGAGGAGAAGAAAGAUGAGUCUGAGGAGUCCGAUGAUGACAUGGGCUUCGGUCUUUUUGAUUAAAAAGAUGUGUUUGUAAGAAAACGCAAUAAAAGUUAUAAAAAAAAU